AUGACCGACUACACUACUUUCAUUGAUCCUCUUGAUCUUAUUUUACAAGACUUUUCUACAGACCAAGUUGAUGACAAUAAUAAAACUAAGCAAUGCCAACUGUGCAAGCUCGAAAACUGGAAAUAUAAAUGUCCAAAAUGUGAAAUGAAAACUUGUUCAUUGGGAUGUGUUAAAGAGCAUAAAGUAAAGUUUGGAUGUGAUGGUGUUCGUAAAAAGACUAUUUACAUUGAUAUAGAAAAAUAUGGAUAUAAAGAUUUAAUGAGUGCUCGUCGUCUUAGACUUGAUAAAAGUACCAAGAAGUAA